UCAUGGUUGAACGAGACUAUUACCUCGGCUAUAUUAUGUACGCCGAUACUACGAUACAUGAAGGGACAAAGAUCAUCCACUCCACCAAGUUCUCCUAUGCCAGUAUCUCAACCAUACCUGCCAACCUUCUCUAAGUCUUUUUUGUGAUGCAUAGUCGAGAUACUAUUUGUGGUAGGAAUCUAGCCCCACUUUGGAGUGGAUCCAUUCCCAAUUUAUCCAGAUUUCCCUAAAUCUUCUGCCACAUCCCCAAUCAUCAAGCAACUAACCCACAGCCUCGUCCAACGGAUGCUCCCAUAAUGAUCUGUUCAACGGCACUAUGACAGCUUUGUGUCUCCCAGUUGAGCUCAUCGAACAGAUUGUGGGACACCUUGACUGUGCAAGUGACAUCAAUGCCCUCGCUCGCACUCAUGGAGCUUUCUACAGCGUCGUGAAUCGAAUGCUGAACCGACAUGACGUGCACCAUAACAACAGCUCUGCAUUAUCCUGGGGAAUUGAUCACAAAUGCCUCGUAACUGUGCAGAAAUCUCUGGAGGCCGGUGCGUCGGCGAACGAGUGUGAUCGGGACACUCUCUGGCGACCCAUGGCGUUGGCGGUGAUAGAGGGCGAUGAAGCCAUUGUCCGGUAUCUGUAUGAGCAGGGUGGCGUCGACAUCCGUCACACACGUAGGUGGCUCAAUCCGCGCCAUGAGGCCUAUGACAAAAGUUCUGGAAGUCUGUUGUUGCUGGCCGCCGUACAUGGCCAUGAAGCACUGGUCCGCUUCUUCAUGGAUCACCUGCCGCGGCCGUACCAUGUCGAUUACCCUGCGGACUCGGACGGACGAACACCCCUUAUGGAAGCUGCUGCAGGGGGACAUUUAGCCAUUGUGUGGUGGCUGGUCAUGCAGCUCCUGCUCCAACGGGGAGCCGAUCCUAGUAUUCCCAUGGAACCGGACGGAUGCUUCGCCCUGUGUUGGGCAGCGCGCCUGGGUCACUUCGAAUGUGUCCCGUGUCUGCUCGAUGCGGGCGUGCUGGACCAGUUAACCCGCUGCCAAGGCUCAGAAUUGCCGUCGUCCCAUAAUUCAAACGCACAAUAUACAUGCGACAACGAUUACCUGGCUAGCACCGUUGAGCCCGCACACAAGGCUGUGCUGCUGUCCGUAGCCGCGGGGCGCGGUAAUAUAGCUCUGGUUCGGCAGUUACUUGAGUGCCAUGGAUACGACACAAAUCUUCGAUAUGGUCAAAUGUUCAUUUUGGAUGGUCUCCCGACUGCCCUCUGCUGGGCUAUAGUCCGAGGUCACGCCGAGGUGGUCCAGGUAUCUCCAUCGCCGGGACAGAUGCGUAUGCGGAAGCUCUUUAUCGAGGCCAUUAAGCAGGGCUCAGAAGUCAUGGUCUCCAUGCUACUUAGCACUGGGACAGACCCCAAUGACCAGGAUGCACAGGACGGUUAUCCAGCAUUAAGACAUGCCAUCCCAUUCGAAGGCAUUUUGCGUCACCUUCUUGCCGCCGGGGCUGAUCCUACCGCCGUAGACCGCCCAGGUGAUACUUUACCUGCCAUCAUGCUGAUAGAUAAGGAAAUCGAUCUGCCGUGUCAUAUGGAUCUGGUCACUUUUCUUCACCAAGCCAUCCGCGGGGGGCCGGCGGUUCUGGAUCUGCUCCACUUGGACAGAACCGCAUGCGAGCAGGCCCUCGUGAUCGCGGCCUCUACGGGGAAGAUCGGGACACUUCAGUGGCUGCUAGACAGAGGCUUUUCGGUGGCUCAGUUGUCGCCCACUGUCAACUUGAUCGCCGAAGCAGCAUGUACAGCGGCAUCUGAUGCAGAUGCCGCCGAAACCAUCGAUCUGCUACUUCAACACGGCCUGGACAUAAACAAACGCAUCCACGAACGCAUUGGCCGUAAGACAGCAUUAGCACACGUGGCUUAUCACUAUAAUCUGCAUACGCAUAGCGAAACUGGCCGCGUCCGCCUGCGCAUGCUGGUCGAUCGCGGCGCCUAUCUCCUACCGCCGCGCAGCCCUUCCGAGCGAUACAAUCCUUAUACAUCCACUAUCGCGGUUUGUGUUGGUGUGAGCUCUGUGCUGGAGGAGUUGAUUUCCCAGGAGAUGGAGGCCCGGCGUGAGCCGUGGAUAGCGGUAGAAUGGCUCUUUAAGUACGCUGAGCUCGAUGCGCGAGACCACUGGGAUUGGAAGGGAGUUAAAGAUGAUAAGACGGACUACUGCUUAUUUCCCUACAUCAAGGGGCCUUUGGAAUGGGUAUAG